CGACGUACUACUUCCACUUUACGCACUCGCUGCACGCUGCAUCGCAUACAGGCCAGAGCCCGGCAUACAUUCCCAAUUUGCCCCUCCAUAUUGCGUAAGGUGACCGUGGACCGCAGAACAGGAGAGUGAGGUGCACAUCGCACCUUUCCCUAUACAGAAAUCUCUCUCCCUCACACCAUCACACUCGCCGCUCUCGACCUCGUCGCAUGUCCCCGCCCCUUUACGCCUCAGUCGGCUCACCUACUGCACACACGGGUCGCGCAUUCGACACCACGCACAGCACAGCCUCCUGACUUCACAACACAUUUCGCCUCGCGAUCGUCGAACGUUUGCAUCUUGGACGCGCUCUCGCUAGCGGCUCUGCUCCGGUAGAAGCGAGAGAAGUGCUGUCCCGUCUCAGAUGAAUGCCCCUCAGUCCAAUCCCAUUACGAUUGCAGACGUUGCUCCUAUACCUCCGCCGCGUUCAGCUUCCAAGCCGCGCGGACCAAGCGUAGCUGAUAGGAAGAUGAGCGAAAGCGCGCGGGCAAGUAAGCUCUCAAAAUUCUUUGGAGAGGCUCCUCCGCCUUCUCUGGCUCGUGGCGGCUCGAACGCAUCGCGAUCGGCAACGGCUCCACGAUCAGCCAGACCGCUCACGGGGGUUAGUCCCACCGCCAGUGCUGCCGCGCCGCAGCUCGAUCUACUAUUGCCAGGAUCGCAACUUAUUCGAUCUGGAAGCGCGACAAACGUCCUGCUCGAAGGUCAAGGUACAUCGCACGGCGAUGCAACUGUAAGCCCGGGUGACCUGGGCUCCACCCACGCGCACCAUGGUCCUGGCCUCUUUGCCGGCUUCGACGCGACGCCUCAUGGCGCGCGGAGCCCCACUGCACCACCGGACGGGCGUCAGCAGCCCCACGUCAGGAAUUACCCGGAGGCUGGCCCUUCCAAUCGCGCCUCUCUGGACAUAUUUCAAGAGGGCAGGCGCGAAAGUACAAGCAGUAUGGGUGCCGCUUCGUUCACCACUGGCUUUCCCGCCCCUCCCAUGGGUGCGACGAACAGCCACUGGGCGGCGUCUCCUCCCCGGCAGUCCACUAGUACAUCUCACCAAGGACCCGGCGGUUCUUUGACCGCCUUCUUUGACCACCUUGGAGGCGAGAUCGAGACGGUUGGUGCAUCCGCCAGCAACAAUGCGCGACGACCUUCGCUACCGAACACUGGCACGCCGGGCUCCAUCGCGUCCAGCCGCCAAGCAACACCACAGUCCGCGCUUUCGCCCUCCAAAUCGAUCACUUUCCAGUCUCCAAAAGCUGCCAGACCUGGAUCGAUGGCCGGCUCCGAUCAUCAUUCGGCGUACAAAUUUGGCGACCUUGGCAGAAGCAGCAUGGGAUCUAGAAGGCCAUCAGUCGACGCGCAGAUCAUGUCCGCGACUUUCUCAUCGGCUUCCUUCGACCCUGAGCGGACAAUCGGUACGACGCCUUAUGAGCAUUCCUCCCUGGGUGCCAGUUCGAGCCGCGGAGACCGAGCGCCGUGCGAUCCGACGUGCGCCCCAUUCCCUUGUGAAUACCGAGCUCUGAGGCGCUCCAUCUUGAUGGACGAGCCGGUCGCCAAGUACAGCUUGCCCAGGGGUAUGACGCUCGCGCGCAAGCGUGGCUGGCGAAGCAGGCAGCUGGUUCUCACCUCCAAUGGACAUCGUGUGGACCAGCGCGUCACUGUGGUUCCCUCUGCUUGGGGUGCGGAUGGGUCGUCGACUUCGAUGACAACAAUCACGCCGUGCUUCGACUUCGAUGUGCCCUAUGCUGAGGACCUCUCUUCGGCGCCUUUUGCAUGCUUGCACGUCUUCAAGCCCGACGGAAUGAAGGAACAGCAGCGCUUCGUGCUGGCUCCCACAAGCUACGUGGCAGUGGCCGACAGUGCCAGGCGAUACGGCGGAGGCCGCCACUUGCUUAGAAUAGGCGGUGGCUCUGCCGUUUACCCCCAGGAGAUCGAGACUGCUCGGGGAUCAGUGCAGGGCGAAGAGUGGCUCGUGCAACUAGACUCGAUCGAGCAGCUGCUCAAGUGGCAACACACCAUCAGGGCACUCAUCGCAGCUCUUGCACACGCUGAGGGCGAGUUCAGGACAGGUCGACGUUAUCCGAGAAGAGGGUCUGCAGCGGACAAUGGCCUGUUCUUGCGCUCUCCUCCCCCUGCUUCGCCAGUCUGGUCAGCCCCUACGCGCAGCGCAGACGCUGGUGCACACGAGCAAGCGAGGAAGAGCGGCCUGGGCAUAGCGUGGUCGCCGCUCGAAAGCGACGCCGCGGGACGACGCGAGCACGCGAUUGCUCCUUCUAGAUCAUCCUUCUCGGCUGUCUCUGAAGCGCGACCAAGCGGAGAGCGCUCUGUAACAGAGCGACCUUCUGUGGAGACUCGCACAAGCACGGCAGACCCAGAGUCUCCCAUCGAUCACGCAUUUCCCGGCGUACACAAAAGGCAACAGCCACAUUCUGUACUCCCUUCAAGAGAUCCGCGAGAGGUUGUCAGACCCGUCAGCUCGACGGACCCCUUGCUUGACGAGAUGGAGACACUCACUCAGGAGCUUUCAGUGGCAGAGAGCAAGCGCGAGCGUGCUCCGUUGAGCGAGGGCCGAGAAGGCGACGGUCAUUUCUCGAUACAUGGCACAAAUGUUGGGACGCUGAGGGGCUGGGCUAUGGUCAGCAGUGAUUCCAUCAACACCGAGCCGCUCGUCCACGGGCAGCACUCGAAUCCUCUAUCGGGCACCCACGAUCAGCACGACGACGAUCGCGCUUCGGUUACAUCAGAGCCGAUGGAAUGGACCAGCCAUAGCUAUGGACGCAAAGCGAGGUCGCGCACGACUUCAGUCUCCAGCACCAACUCGUCUCCAAUCUGCUUCUCUUACGCCCGAAGCGAUCUUCCUCCCCGUACGCCUGCCCCUCAGACUGCGCUUCCGCCGCCUCCCUCAGCGCAGACAAAGCAUGCGUCCGGCAUUCAAAUCACCGUUCCUUCAUCUGCACGCAAAGCCGAAGGACAUUCGCCCACGCUGUCGGGCCCUGCUGCAUUGCGCCAUCGACAGGCAUCGCAUGAGAGCACUGGGACGAGCUCCCACACUUCUUCUGUCCGAAGUGAUUCAGGCUCCAACAUGGCCGCACGUACCUGGAAGAGCCGCCCAGGCAGCAUGAUGGACUCCUCCUGGAACAAGCUCAGUGAUGGGUACAGCCCAACUGCCGCUUGGAACUUCAGCAACUCACCCAGCAGCUCUGUUGGCACUGUCUCCUCACCGUUGACACCCUUGUCGCCUACAGCGCCAAGCGACGCGCGAGAUAGACACGCAGGGGUCUCGAUUCGCCACUCGCUUGAUGUUACUCCACACGCGUCGAGCAGCUUGGAGCGCAAGCAAGCGCUGCUCGCAGCUCUGGCACUAGAGCAGCGAGCUCAGAGCUCUUCCACCCCUGUCGAAAAUCGGGCUAUAACGCCACGCGAGCAGGUGGAAGAGGUUACGCCCGUAAGGGGAGAAAGGCGCGACCCAGACACGCGAAACUAUGCGAAUCAAGCGACGAACGGCAGUAGACUGUCCCCGCGCUUGCGCAGCCAUAUAGACCCGCCUACGCCCUCAACGCCAGACGACAACUGGAAGUCCAGUCUCCCGCGCAAGCACACGCAACGAGGCAGCUUCUUCAACCUGUAUGAGUCAGAGGAUGAGCAAGAAGACGGCAACAUGUCGAGUGAUGUGGAACACAGCCAACGCAGUGGACUAGCUUCAUCUGACGAGGGCGAAGCCAAGGCCAGGCAGAGUGGCGUUUCCGGGAGCGCGCAGGGCGCUGCGGGUGGGGUACUGCCUUACUCGCCGCCAACGCCUCUGAGCAACUCGCCCAUUUCCAAUCGACAAUCGGCUCAUGUAUUUCAAAAUCAGCAAGCCAUCUGGGCGGCGUCGAACGCAGCCUCGCAACAUUCUGCGUCGGUCAGCGGGCUCAGGCGAGGACCGUCGACGCACCGCUCUUCGCGCGAGAGCCUCAUGUUGGCGGCUGCUGCAGCCGCAGGACAGAGCCCGAUCGACGCUAAAGGGGGCAGGUCUCCGCACCCUUCCGUGCCCGCAUCGCGUGUCCUGUCCAGUGAAGAUCUGCUUUCAGGAUUCCCUUCACCGCCGCCCUCUAUGCCGACACCACCAUCCAGGUCUCCGGUGCGCCGAGGAGGCGCAUCCUCAGCCCCGAGCACGUGGAGACUGCCACCUGCAGCUUUGCCGGAUGUCUCUGCUGCCGCAUCGGCUCAACACUCCUUCAUGAACAUCCAGACCACUCCUUCUUCUCGAUCCAGACCCACUUCGCCCAAACGGCAACGUCAACCGGCCACACCCACUACUCACAGUCCGCAGCACGAACGCGCAACCAUCGGAUUGGCCAUGUAG